CUCUCUGUAUUACACUCUCCCGUGAUUCAAUCUUCUUCUUCAUCUUCUUCACCACUAAAUGGGUCUUCAUCUUCUUCGUCACCACUGACAAUGUCCCGACGCAUUUGCUCCGUCAUCUCCGCUGUACUUCUACUCCACUUUUACUUCUGCAACCUUGUACUCAUUACGUCAGCCGUGACCGAGUUCGACUUCGGAACCCUGACUCUAAGCAGUCUGAAGCUUCUCGGCGAUGCCCACUUGAACGAUGGCAGCGUGCGUCUCACUCGCGACCUCGCCGUACCCAACUCCGGCGCCGGCAGAGUCCUCUACUCCAAGCCCGUCCGGUUCAAGCAGCCAUACACUCCAUUUCCGGCGAGCUUCUCCACAUUCUUCUCCUUCUCCGUCAGCAACCUCAACCCCUCCUCCAUCGGCGGCGGCCUGGCUUUUGUAAUCUCUCCGGACGACCAGAUCGUCGGAGACGCCGGCGGGUUCAUGGGGCUGCUGAGCGUGGAAGACACGGGUUCCGGGUCGGGCUUUGUGGCGGUGGAGUUCGAUACCCUGAUGGACGUGGAGUUCAAGGACAUUAAUGGUAACCACGUGGGCCUGGAUCUAAACUCAAUGGUUUCUUCACAGGUCGGCGAUCUCACCGCCGCCGACGUUGAUCUCAAGAGCGGGGACCUCGUGAAUUGCUGGAUCGAGUUCAACGGGUCGGGUCGGAUCUUUAACAUAUCCGUUUCGUAUUCGAAUCUCAAGCCUAAAGACCCGCUCCUGUCUUUCCCUCUCGAUCUUGAUCAGUACGUCAACGACUUCAUGUAUGUCGGGUUUUCCGGGUCGACACAGGGAAGCACCGAAGUCCACAGCGUUGAGUGGUGGAGCUUCAGCUCGUCUUUUGAUUCAACUCCCUCAACAGGGUCAGCUGCUGCGCCGCCGCCGCCGCCGACGACUACUCUGAUGAACCCAACAGCCAACGCAGUCAAAUCUCCCCCGCCUUCUUUGCCUCCAACUGGGUCUGCGUCAGCUUCUAGUACUAGUACUACUCAGAAGAAUAGUAAGUCUUCUUCUUGCCAUAACCAGCUUUGCAAGCAAGGUCCGGGAGCUGUUGCGGGUGUGGUGACUGCAAGUGCUUUCGUUUUGGCUCUGUUUGCCGGUGUUUUGAUUUGGGUUUACAACAAGAAGAUUAGACAUGUUAAGAAGUCGGAGUCUAGUUUUGCUUCGGAUGUGAUCAAAAUGCCUAAGGAGUUUAGUUAUAGGGAGCUCAAGGCAGCUACCAAGUGCUUCAAUGCGAAUCGGGCUAUUGGGCAUGGCGCAUUUGGGGUAGUUUACAAGGGGAUAUUAUCAGAGACUGGUGACAUUGUUGCGGUGAAGAGAUGUAGUCAUAGUACUCAAGGGAAGAAUGAGUUUUUGUCCGAAUUGUCCAUAAUUGGAACUCUUAGGCAUCGGAAUCUUGUUAGGCUUCAAGGUUGGUGUCAUGAGAAAGGUGAGAUUUUGUUAGUCUAUGACUUGAUGCCUAAUGGUAGUCUAGACAAGGCAUUGUUUGAGGCGAGAAUGCCAUUGCCAUGGCCUCACAGGCGAAAAAUUCUGUUUGGGGUUGCGUCGGCAUUGACCUAUUUGCAUCAAGAAUGUGAAAAUCAGGUGAUCCAUAGGGAUGUUAAGACCAGCAACAUUAUGCUAGAUGAAGGGUUCAAUGCGCGAUUAGGUGAUUUCGGGUUGGCAAGGCAAAUUGAGCACGAUAAGUCGCCAGACGCUACAGUGGCAGCAGGGACAAUGGGUUAUUUGGCGCCGGAGUACUUAUUGACAGGAAGAGCAACUGAGAAAACUGAUGUGUUUAGCUAUGGAGCAGUGGUGCUUGAGGUGGCUACUGGAAGGAGGCCGAUUGAGAGGGAAGUCAGUGGGGUAGGGAAAGCUGGUGCUUGUAGUAAUUUGGUAGAGUGGGUUUGGAGCUUGCACAGAGAUGAAAGGCUGCUAACUGCAGCUGAUCCAAGGCUAGAGGGUCAAUUCGACGAGGCGGAAAUGCGGAAAGCGCUACUAAUCGGACUCGCUUGCUCCCACCCUGACCCCAAUGUUAGGCCUACAAUGAGAAUUGUAGUGCAAAUGCUAGUUGGUGAAGCCGAAGUCCCAAUUGUCCCAAAAACAAAACCCACCACAACUUUUAGUACUUCACAUCUCUUAUUGAGCUUGCAAGACAGCGUUUCUGAUUGCAAUGGCAUGAUCACCAUCUCUACCUCCUCAUCGGAAAACAGCUUCACUGGUCGCGGUGGUGAUCAUAUCGUCUAAACAAACGGUCUUUGAUUCAUUUCAUUUGUUUUUUGUAUGAAUGACACAAUAACAUCCAAGGUUAGCUAAAGCAGCAAAUUUUUCCCUGUUAAUUAGAAUUCAUGAUCAUACAUUAUACUCCAUCUCCAUUGAAAGUGGGUCUUAUAGUUUGAUGGAUUAGACGACAAUGGCCAUAUUGAAAUGGGUGGGGGUCAUUUUCUUAGUUUGAUUGGUGGAAAUUGAAUGGUGGGCAACUAGUUUCUUUCACAAGCAAUCGCGGUUGUCAAAAGGAGACAUGUAUGAGUAGGGUUUUGGUAUCACAUUGUAUCAUAGGAAGGGAAAUAAUUCCAUAUUUAUGGUUAGCUUUUAGGAAACUUCUCUGAUUUGUUUUGUCCGUGGUGGACCGGUGGAGGUGGGUAUAACGGCAAAUAAUGAUCUAUCUAUCAUAUAUAAUUGAAGUGGGAUGAUUU